GCGCGGCGCGCGGCGGCCGCAUUCGCGGGGCGACACUGCAGCGAUCGGUUCUGCGCCCAGUCCAAGCCGAAGUCGAAGCCGAAGGCAGCGCCGCGCUCGACACCUCGCCCCACACGCUGCGGCCACGCAGCAACCAGCUCCUCGGCGCCCGACCUCGCCAGCGCCCUGCCAUGGAUUUCAGGGCGUGCCUGGCAGCGACGCUGCUAGCAGCGGCGGCGCUAAUGGCCAACGCCCAGCCGGCGGGCAGCCGCGACCCCGCAGCUCUCAGAUCGCGAGCUGACGGCUCGCCGCCUCGCCGGACAUUCGACUUCGUCAUUCAGAAGGCGGAGGUCCGAGAGCUGAGCAGCAGCCAACUGUUCCUCCGCCGCCGGCAGCCGCCAGAUACGGAGCGCAGAGCCACCGUACAGGGUUGCCCCCGCCCCAGCGCCACGCCCCUGGGCUCGCGCGCCCGCGGCCCCCGAGCGGAAGCGCCUGCAGAAGAAGCAACCUCCGCUAAGGCAAAGCCCACCUCCAAGCCACGCGGCGGCGGCGGCGACACGCGGCGCUGCUGCUCGCCCUCUCCACCCGCAUCGCGCGCCAAGGCGGGUACCCUACGACAAACCCGGCUACCGCCCCCGCAAGAGCAGCUGCCACUGGCAGCGCCGCCGUAAACCUUCCCUAUUUUCUACCUACGCCUGUACGCGGUAACAACCAUACUACAAACCAACAGCAACACGACCCAGCAGCACAAGGCCAAUCUCCCCUGACAUCUUCUUCCAACUCACUCGGAACGAGGAGCAAGAAAGUGCCGUCGCUUUAGGCUGGAGAUGAGGCGCACGAAACAAGGCAACGGGGCGGCCCGGAGGGUUCGAGCGAACAACGACGCGCGGGGAAGAGUAUGAACACGUAUGGCGUGCGUGGAAUGGAAGACCAGCGAAACCGCACAAACUGCUGUAAAGUUGUUCCGUGAAGAUUUAAACGAGUGUCGAAAGGCUCGCCUAGAAUUCGUCGAGGAAUCAAGAGCUACGAGCGGGGAGUCGGCAAGCGUCGCAUCGGCUUACACCAAAAACGCAGGGUUACGUGUUUGCCACUGACCCGGAGAAAACGCAGACUCGCGAUUGACGCCCGGCCGGUGGAAGCGGCGAAAGCCGCGGCUGAGCCAACGAAGCGCGCAGAGUUCCCGCGCAGCCGCAGCAAGGCGCCAGGGGUCAGAACGCGCGCAGUGCAAAGCAGCGAAGGCCGCGAUCGGUACGAACAACGGCGUUACGGAAUUACGCGACCGGCAGAACAGCACACGACUCAGUGGCCUAUAAAACGCACGGUGGAGGCGCGAAAGCACUGUCGGGCGGCGAACGAGCAAGGGCAAUGGUUCCCGCGAUGAGGGCGCGCGGGGCGCGAAAGCGGGGCGCAGGAUGGCAGCGGCGGAAGGCGGCG